AAGAAAAUGGAUUCAUUUUUAACAUGCAGCAAAAUUUUGGUCGUCAAAAUUGCAAAAUUGCCAGAAAAAAAACACUAUGGAAAUACUGAAUACUUUAAGGGUAGCGUGAACAAUUUACAUACAGCGUAGGUAGGGAAGCUGUGAUGCGUCUGUUCUCGUUUCCGCACGGACAUAUUUAACAAGAACUCAUAUCCUGACAGCUGAUUUUAGUUGUGAAGACGUGUACUUUGUGAACGCAUUCAGUCACACAGACAGGUCAUUUGUGCUUUAGACAUCUAUUUUUAAUCGCUCCCCGUUGUUUGGCGGUGAAUUUUAACCAAAUGGCGACGAUGGAGGAGCUGAAGCUGCGCGUGAGGGAGCUGGAAAAUGAAUUAAUCAAGUGUAAGCAGAAACAGUGCGCCGCGGAGGAUGCUCAAAACCAGGAACUUCACAGACCCAAAAUUAACAAAAUGAGUGCUGAAGUUGUGGACUCGAAUCCUUACAGGUGAGUUUUCAAUCAGUGUUUUAUUCUGUUUUGUCUAGACUUCACAUAGAGCUCAGAGGCGACGCCUUAUGACUCAUUCAUCCCAUAUGUUUGACCAUCAUGGUUAAUCUGAGCUGUUUUCAUUUCAGCCGGCUCAUGGCUCUGAAGAGGAUGGGCAUAGUGGAAGAUUAUGAGGUAUGCUGCUUGUUAGAAUACGUGAUUUUCAAAGAAGUGCUUAAUUUUGUGGUUGGAGAAAUAAUAGCAUUAUUCUUGUUUAAAACCACGAGGAAUAGAAAGAUCCAAACGACUUUGUUUACAAUAUUCUUUCACUCAUCACAACUUCUGGCCAUUUUUUUUUCAUUGUAGACAAUUUGGGUAAAUCACAAUAUCCAACACGCUUUUUUCUAUAGCACAUUUUAAAAAAACAUUCAAGUCUACCAAAGUGCUGCACAAUAAAAUUAAAAGAACACACAAUGCUGGAAACAUCAAGAUGACAUAAAUAAAAGCAGGUAAAAAAAAAAAAAAAACGUUUAAAAUGAAACAAAAUAAAUGCAAUUAAAACACAAAAGCAUAAAAGAAAUUAAGGUGAUAAAAUGACCGAUGUGGUCAUGUUUUCGUUUACCUGUUAAAAGACGAGCAGCAGCAUUUUGGACUAACUGUAAGUGUGUGAGAGAAGCCCGAUUAACACCAACGUAAAGAGCAAUACAGUAGUCCAACCAUGUGGAAAUAAAAGCAUGAAUUACUCGCUCAAAAUCAUUAAAAGAUAAAACUGAUUUAAUCUUGGAUAAAAGCCUCAGAUGAUAAAAACUAGAUUUAACAACAGAGUUGAUUUGUUGAUUCAAUUUAAAAUUGUUGUAAAAUCCCACUAUUACAUUGUAUCUUAAAGGUUUCCAUUCUGAUAGACUGACUUUCCUGCUACUCAUUUUAACAUUUGAUUACUUCAUAAAGUAAUUUUCCCAGACAUUGUCACAGUUUGGCCAAAUUUAUAUGCACUGAAAGUAAGGUUUUGACUAGAAUACCAUAUAUUAAGUUCUCUUACUUACAUUUUUGUUGCCGAUUUUAAAUAUAUACUGAUAUACUGAUCACCGUCUAAACAUUUGUUUUGAUAGAAAAUCCGGACAUUUACAGUCGCUGUGGUUGGUGUUGGUGGGGUUGGCAGUGUGACAGCAGAAAUGCUCACUAGAUGUGGCAUUGGUAAGGUAAUACAAACUUCAUUUUUUUUUCUUUGUACAGUAUACCACCUCACAGUUUAGUCUCUUCUUGAACUCUGAUUUAUUUUACUUUCAUCGUCACAGCUGCUCCUCUUUGACUAUGAUAAAGUCGAGCUGGCCAAUAUGAACAGACUGUUCUUCCAGCCUCACCAGGCAGGCCUCAGUAAAGUGGAAGCAGCAGAGCAUACACUCAGGUAAAUCCACCAUUCUCCCAAAGUACAAAGAUAAAUCUGGUUUUAUUUGCUCACAUGUUAUUUCAUUUUCUCUUCAGAAACAUUAACCCAGACGUUACAUUUGAGACCCACAACUACAACAUCACUACAAUGGAAAAUUUUACACAUUUCAUGGACCGCAUCAGGUAAACAUUUCUACUCUAUAGUUUCAAGUUAAAGUUUUCUCUUACCUUAAUGGCAAAGACAACUAAAAAAUGUAAAUAUGUGUCUUGUCAGUCAUGGAGGGCUGGAAGAAGGGAAGCCUGUGGAUUUAGUCCUGAGCUGUGUAGACAAUUUUGAGGCCAGAAUGGCCAUCAACACAGUAAGUGCAUAAUCAUAACAAAUCAAAGAUGUUAAGUCUGUGCAUUUCUUUUCUCUUUCUCUUGUGCUUAAUUUUUUUCUUUUUCAUUUUAGGCCUGUAAUGAGCUGGGUCAGAUCUGGAUGGAGUCUGGUGUUAGUGAAAAUGCUGUAUCAGGACACAUCCAGCUCAUCAUUCCUGGAGAGACCGCAUGUUUUGCUGUAUGUUUCCACCUACAAAUAACAGCUCCUGUUCAGGUUUUAUUUUAUGUAAAAGUUACAUUACAAUGACUCUCUUUUUUCAGUGUGCUCCUCCUCUGGUUGUAGCAGCCAAUAUUGACGAGAAGACCCUGAAAAGAGAGGGCGUGUGUGCUGCCAGCUUACCAACAACUAUGGGAGUGGUUGCAGGCCUCCUGGUGCAAAAUGUCCUCAAGUAAGAUAUCUUUGGAUUUGCCCUGAUGGAGACCUCCAUAUGUUCAGUUUUAAACAUUUCAGCAACAAUUCUGUUGUCUGUAGGUACCUGUUACAGUUCGGCACCGUCAGUUAUUAUCUUGGCUACAAUGCAAUGCAGGACUUCUUUCCCAGCAUGGCUAUGAAAGCGAACCCGCAGUGCAACGACCGAUACUGCAGGAGACAACAGGAGGAAUACAAGGUGAGAGGUUACAGUCUGUCAGCAGACAUUACAAACUAGAGCAAACCCUGUUAAGAACCUCAUUUGUUGCUUUACAAGUUGAAAGCUAAUAAUGUCGAUUUCUGUUAUGAUUCCCCCCACAGAAGAAAGAAGCAGAGAGGCCAAAAGUUGAAGUUGUACAGGAAGAAGAGGAGGUGGUGGUACAUGAGGACAAUGAGUGGGGUGAGCUCCUGACUGCUUUUUCAACAAGCAAAGUCAUUUGGAAGUUCUUUGGUGCUACAUAUCAUGUCAUCAGCUGAACAUUCAUUCUUUCUCUGCAGGUAUUGAAGUAGUCUCAGAGGUGACUGAUGCAGAAUUACAGGCUGCAUCAGGUACUGCACCAGACCUCCCAGAAGGCAUUACUGUGGCUUACACCAUUCCAGCUGAGGUGAGUGUUAAAUGAUACAUCAUAGCUCUGAAAUCUCCAUUUGGUCUCAAUUUUUUAAUCUACAUUCCAUGCCAAAGAAAAUCUGGUGCUGUGGGAAUAGGAUACAUUUAGACAGAUUUUUACAUCAACAUAAUUUCUGUGUUUAAUGAUACUACUUAAAGUGUUUUCCCAUCCUUACUAAACUCUGCUUCCUUGUGUUGUAAACUAGACUGCAGCAAGUGGCGAGACCGUGGAGGAGACCGAACAGAGCCUGGAGGAGCUGAUGGCUCAGAUGAGAAAGUUGUAAGCAGCUGCCUGUCCAGUUAACACAUGCGUUUUCUCACUUCCAUUGCUUUAUUUGAUAACAAGCAUCUUCAUGAUAAAGCCAAUUAACGUCAAUCAAACUACUACCAGAGUCUUUUAACAGCUGAAGAGUGGGGAAUCUAAGGGACUGCUGAUAGUAUUUCACACCAACUAAAAAAGCGGAGUAAGAGGGAAUUUAGCUGAUGUACAGAGAACUUGCAAAGCUCUUGGAAAUCAAAAAGUCUCUGAAAUGCCUGUAAACUGAAGAUAAUAUCACAGUUAGUGCAUUAACCAGUACAACAAUCUGUAUGUCUCCUGGUUUUGGUUGGUGAGAGUGUGUCUUUCAUGUGUGAGCUUCAAUCACUCAGCUUUCAGUAAAAAUCUGCUGCACAAUGUUUACAUUGUCUCAAUAAAAUAUUUAUUAGAUGGAAUACAUCUUUUUGAAAUACUGAUGUGAUUUUUCUUGUCCUGUACAGAUUUUACAUGAAUACACAAAUAUAAAAGAACACUUAAAAUA